AGGGCCUGCCCCGUACUGGGGCGGCAGGUCAGCCCGGCGCCCAGCUGGGCGGGGUCCAGCUGUUCCUUCGCCCCGUGACAUGGCCGCGUCGCCCCCAGAUAACGGCUGAGUGCGGGGCAGCUAUGGCCAGGCCGACCAUCGCCCCCAUGAGCGUCAGUGCCACCGCGCCCGAAGCCUUCGCCGUGCUCCGCCAGAGGAUGAGUGUGGUUGAAGAACAGACCAGCGCGCUGGCGAGAGACCUGGAGCUGCUCGGGGUGAACGGACAGAGCCUUGAUCUCUUCCAUUCAAAGCCCUUAGAGACACCUGGGAGCCACCAGCCUGUUAGCCCUGUUCGGGCCAGGGUAGCGUUUGUAGGUGAAAGUGACAUGCUGUGGAAGAACUGUGAAUCUCUAGUGAAUCGAAUGUGUCGGCUGGAGAGUGUUGUGCAGACCUUGAAGCUAAACCUCUUCCGGUUGCAGACUGAAAAGGAGCUGAAUCCCAGGCAUGCAGUCCAUCUGGAACAGCGUAUGAAUGCAAUGCAGGAGGAACACUUGCAGGAACUGAAGGUUGUACAGCUUGAGGCAAUGAAGUUGCGCCAACAGCUAAAUGAGGCAAAAGAAGAUGUAGAAAAGGCACAGGAAGAAGUUCAGAGAUUAAGUGCUGCUUUGGAAAUUGCCACAGCAACCAAGACAGACGUAGCCAUUGCAGCAGAGGAGCUGAGGACAACAAAACACAUAAUGAACCAUAGACUUCAGGAGCUAAGGGAGCAGCUUUCCCAAGAGGCAAGCCUGCGGGAGUCUUUGGAGGAAUCCCAAGCAACCAUGCUGAGACGUGUGCAGGAUAUGGAGAUAACAGUAGAGGCGGAACGGGAACAGGUACAGGUGCUGCAGCAGGACUGCCAUGGCCUGCACAAGGAUGUCCAGCUUGCCCGAGAGAGGUUACAGAAGGAGGAGGAGAGAACUGCACAGCUGGGGCAGGAGUGUACACAGCUGAAAGCUGACCUGGAUUCCAGAAACUGCAUCAUUUCCCAGCUCAGUGAAGAAGCAAAAAAUGCACAGCUGUCUUUCAGCAAAGAACAUGAGGAAAAUGUGCAACUGCGAUCUGAAAUAACAGCUCUGCGAGAGACAGCAGAGAAAGUACAGAUCAUUAAUGACCAGUUGAACCAACAAUGCUCAGAACUGAGUGCUACACUUCGAAGCAUUUCCAUGGAGAAUGCUAAACUCAUUUCAGAUCAUCAGGCCAUGCUUAAGGCAGAACAGGAGAGGAUGACUCAGAAACUGCUGGAACAAGACUUGCUGCUGGAUGCUGCCCGUGCCAACAUUAUAGGAGAGCUGCAAAGCAUGCAGAACGAAAAAGCCCAACUUCAAAAAGAGCUGGAGGCCUUGCACACAGAGCAUGCUGGCUGCAGACAAAAAGCAUGCCUAGCUGAGGAGAUGACAACCACACAGAAGGUGCUCCUGGAGUCUACUAUCGCUAGACUUCGAGGUGAACUGGAGACAGCACUGAAAGAGAGAGGAUCUCUACUGAUGGAGAAGGAGAGUCUUCAGCAAGAAAUGAAGAAAACAGCAAGUGAUGUAACACAGGAGAGGAACAAACUGGAAGUGGAACUAACUGGGAACAAGCUAGAAAUGGGUGCUAUGAGAUCUACACUGCAGAAUCUGGAGAAAGAGAACAAGAGGCUAAUGGAUCGCUUGGUGGCACUGGAACACCAGCAGUAUGCUCAACAGCAGGUCGAACAGGUUCUAGCAGAGCUGACUGACAGUAAGAAUAAACUGGCCUACGACAAAGGAAAGCUUCAGACCAAAGUACAGCAGCUGGAGGAAGAACUGCAAUCUCUUGCAGAUGCACAUUCAGAGAAUAGCCACCUUCGCACGCUGAAUACAGCCUUGGAGACCAAAUACACUCAGGUGAAUGUAGAACUUGGCUCUGUCAAGAUUAACAUGCAAAGGAUGGAAGCUCAGCUGAAGCAGGCACAGACCACUCUUGAACAGAAAGAAGAAGAAUUUUCUAUUGCAAUCAAGUCCCGUGAUGAGGCAUUGCGAGAAAGUCAGAAAAUUAAGGGGCACAUGGAAGCCAUGGAAGAGAGGGAGAAGCAAAAGAUGGCAACCUUAAAGCGCCAACUAGAGGAGGCAAAGGAAGAUAACGACAAAGUGACAGCUGUGCUGGAGAAUGUGCUGGCUUCUCACAGCAGGAUGCAGGCAGCUCUGGAGAAGGUGCAAACUGAGCUGGGGCGCAAGGAUUCUGAGAUCACAGGGCUCAGAAAAGACAGGACCCAGAACCAACAAAAAAUCCAGAGGUUAGAGGUAGAAUUGGAACAGUACCAGGCCAAACUGGUUGUCGUAGAAACUCAGCACAAUAGUCAGGUGGACCCACUUUGUAAAGCACUAGAAGUCGCUAGAGCAGACAACAAGAAACUUGCUUUGAGUUUGGAACAAGCUCUGCAGGCCAAUAGUACCCUGCAGAGCAAGCUGAUACAUACUCAGGAAGAAUUGGACAGGAAAGGAAUUGAGCAUCAGCAAUUGAUGGCCUGCAGGGAGCAGCUAAUUGAAGAAGCCACAAUGGAAGAAAGGCUGUAUACCGAACGCUUGGAGUCCUUGAAGAAGCAGUUUCAGACCGAGCGAGAGGCUAUGAGGAAAGCAGGUCACAGGGAAUCUGCUGAGCUGAAGAAAGCCCUUGAAGAGGCUUCUUCCAAAUCUGCUGAAGUGUCCCGGGCUAACAGGGAGCUGCGGCAGAAAAUAAUGGAGUUGGAAAAGUCCCUGGUCAGUUACAAGGAGAAGUUAAAGAGCCAAAAAGCUCAAAUCAGACACUACUUGGCUUCCAAGGCUAACAACAUCCAGAACACAGAAAGGAUAAAGGAGAUUGAAUCUGAGCUGAGGCAAAUGGAGGUGAUCAAGGAGCAGUAUCAGAAGAAAAACUAUGAGCAGUCACAGAGCAUCCAGAAAUUCAUGACAGAGUUAACAGGUCUUCAGAGUGAGAUGCAGACCUUGGCCAAAAACCAGCAUGAAGUGGCAACACGGAACAGGCAGCUGGAGAGCCAGCUGGAAAUGGAGCAGAAAGUGCGGCAGCACCUAGAGAACCAGUGUCAGAAGCUAGACGAUACAGUCAAACACUUAAAGAAAUGCAAAGAGGAAACUGAGCAGAAACUGAAAGAAGCCAGUGUAGAAUCGGAACAGAUCACAGCUAACCUGGAGGAAGCUCACCACUGGUUCAAAUCUAAGUUUGACAGCCUGCAGCUCGAGCUAGUGAAAAACAAACAGCAGAAUAUCCCCAGCGAAAGGAACUACGGCAAGGAGAUGGAGAAGGAAAAAGCUGUAAAACUCCCUAGCCAAGCCUCCCUGAAUCGCUGGGAGACCAAACAGCAGCUCAAACUCAUCUCCAGGAAGUACCAAUCAGAGCUAGACAGGAAGUGAUGUCAUCUAACCCAGGAAAUUCCGGGCUGCCAUACCACCCUGCAGCUGUGAACACUACAGUUCAGACCAGUUCUUCACAUGCUGGAAGAUGAGCCCUAAGGCUGAAGUAUCUUGAUCUAUAAGCAUCUGCAUAUUUCAGAAGAUUUUUAAGUGGGUAUAAGCAGAGGUCCUGUAUGAACUGGGUCUGCUCUGUAUCAGUGAGGAUGACCCUUCAAAUAAAAUGCACAUUGACUGGCUGGCUGAUAGACCAGUGCAGACAGGUUUUGGAAUAUUAAUUUAAAUUGUGUACUCCAGUUCAGCUUAGCUAAUGAGUCUCGUCUGACACAUACUAGAAUGUAUCAUUUUGUGAAGCAGAUGUCCAUUUCCCCCAUCCAAACGGUCUUUGAGUGUGACUAGUUUGCUUAAAUGCUUCAUCAUGGAACCACAAUUUAUAACAAAGAAAGUAUUCCUCCCUACAGCUUCCUAUACAAGUAAGUUUAUGUUCUGGAUCUUUGUCUCCAGUCACAUCUCUGAUUUGUGUUUUAGCAGCGCAAGAGGAGGGUAGUGGGUUGGAAUGAGCCCUGCAAAGUGAGGAGGCAUCAUUAUUAUUGAGAGCUCAGAUUGCUGUGCAGGGAUUCUGCCUAUCUAGAGGAUGGUCUACUGGAUUCCUAGGCUGGUGAUGGUAAACUUGCUGAAACAGGACAGUUGUCCACUGUUGGAUACUGACGGUUGCCUGACCAGUACAGGGAGGAUCC